AUGUUAAUCAGAUAUUCUGUUUAUCUGAUUAAGUUUUAUGAAUUUUAUUCAAAGUUAUACAGGGCAGCGCUGCCAGCUGCAGAAAUCGCCUGGACAGACUUCACAGAGAGCAGUCAGGAAAAUAGUCUUAGUCAAUCUUCCUCAGUUUCCUGCUGGGAUGAUAAUCGCAGUCUUGAUGCUCCCCGAGAAGCUUUGAACACGUUGCUUAGUUUGUCAGGAAAGUUACUAACCUGGGAUCAUCUAAGUGCCCCAGAAAAUUCUGUAGAACUAAAGACAGUGGCUGGAUGGAUUGGUGGAGGAAUUUCAGAAAUGGAAGAAGAAACUCCUGAGGACACUAGUGAGGAGAAUCCAUCUAGAUCAUCUGUUCUGGAAUGUCCGGAGGGAAGUUGCUCCAAGACAUUCUCUACACAAAAGGCUCUUGAAAAUCAUGUAAACAUGGGCAACUGUAGUUUCAGAAGCGAUGCCAAAAUGAACGUUUCAGAGAAGGCAAAGAGGAUGUAUGCAGAUAAGAUUUUGUCUUUCCAGCCACAAAGAUCUGUGGUUUUAGAGUCCCACAGCAAUACUGAUGUAUGUAGAUGUUCAGAAUUAGACAUGGGAUGGGCCAUUAAAGAAAACAGACAAAGAGUAACUUUCACUUCUGGGCAGAAAGCUUUCAUGACAGAGAAGUUCGAUAUUGGGAAGAGGACUGGCAAUAAAGUAGAUCCGUAUAUUGCAGCGGAGGAGAUGAGGAAUUGUGGACUGUUUAGUAGGUCAGAAUUCCUUUCUGGUCAGCAGAUAUCUUCUUUCUUCUCCCGUCUUUGUCAAAAGGAGAAGAGGAUGACUGCUGCAGAUUUCUGUGCCUCAGAGGAAGAAGACCGAAAAGAUCAGAUAAGGAAUCUCCUAUUAGAUCAAAAUAAUUAGGCGUAGGGGUGAGGGGUGGGGGAGAUCGAUUAUAUCUGUUGAUUAGCUUUUAAAUUUGAUAUGUAAUACAACAUUGUACUAGUUUUUCAACAUAUGUGACAAAAUUUUACUGUAAGACCAGCUACAUGUAUUAGAAAUAUAUGCCUUUGUGCAAUGUAAAUUAUAAACUCAUGUUGCAACUGUGAUAUAAAGCCUAACAUUUGAAUUAUUUACCAGUUGCUGAAAAGUUGACAGAUUGUGAAAAUGCAGCUCAAAUGAAAGUUAUAAAAUUUUUAUGUACAUUUAAUAUGAUCGUUGUUGAAUAUUUCUGCAACUUGGAAAAUACCAUACUGUUCAUUCCCACAUGCUUAGUACGUUAAGCUCCCGCUAGUCAAAAUAGAUCUCAUGUCAUUUUGUUAUAGGAAUUGGCAGUUCUCUCUUUAAGGUAUGCACUGACGAUAUGCACAUGCGAUAGCCAAAUUUCAUAUAUAACUGUAACAAACAAAUGUACAUUUGUUGAUUAAUAAUUUGAUAUAUUUGACGUUUUUAUUGAUAUAUUAUAAUUCAAACAAUCAGACAAUCAAUCAAUUUUAAUACUUGCCAGUUAUGAUAUGCCUAUAUGUUUCUAUGGCAACAUACAGAUUGUAUGAUCAAAUGCUUGUUUGAUUGUGUUGUGUUUACUUCCUUUAGAUACAUUUAAAUGGGCAAAUCAGAUAUUAAAUACAAUUGAACCCUUGUA